UGUAGAGCCUCUGAGGCAAUAUCUACUGUCAAGGUUGUUUUACAGUUAGAAAGAAUUUCUUAGUCACAACGAAAAAUCCUCCUACAAUUGUAAAAAUUGUGUGUGAUGUAAUAGUUGCGACGAGGAAAAAAAGAAAGAUAUCGACUGUGGAAAUUGCCAGCAGAAAACAAAUAGCUCUUGCAGAUUUUGUAAAAAUUCUCCCGUGAUUGCAAACAAUGUCAGUGCCGAGAGAAUAUGAUAAGCCACCCCCGUACUCACCUACUCCAGGUUACAUGCCAGAAAAUGCUGCUACAAUUCAGCCGCCGCCGCCACCACCUCCGGGGUAUCAACCGUAUAUUAAUCAAGCUGCCCCCAUUCAGGGUAACUAUGUACCAACCUACGGAGCAACUACCAUCACAGUGCAGCCACAGGAAAUAAUAAUUGUAGGAGCAUGCCCUGCAUGCAGGAUUGGUGUACUUGAAGAUGACUACACAUGCCUCGGAAUAUUCUGUGCCAUUUUCUUCUUUCCACUAGGCAUACUUUGCUGUUUGGCUUUGAAGAACAGACGAUGUUCAAAUUGUGGAGCAUAUUUUGGUUGAGAAUCAUUGUUGUUUCUGGGAAAGCAUUCUAGUUAUGUGGAUCUUUUACAUAUGUAACAGAAGAGCAAUAUUGACGUUAAAGAAAGUGUUAUUAAUUUUCAUAGAUGAUUUUUUAUGUAUGUUACAAUAUCCACACUUGUGAAUUGCAAGUUGCCUUGUAGUGCAGUGUAUCUACAUACUAAUUUCUUUAAGAAGUAAGUGUACUGUGAGAUGAAUUCUCAUUUGUGUAAUAAAAUGUGACAUAUUUUUAUAGCUCGAGUUACAAAGUAAAGCAUACCUUUAUAUUUUUGUGGGCCACUUGUUGUUUAGACAUUUUGGAGUUGUUGCAUAAAUAUGCUUAAGAGAGUCUAAAAUUCCAUGACAGUGAGGAGUCAGUUUUCACUGCUACAUUAUUGAAAUACCAUUAUAAUAGCAGAAAGGUGGCAUUUUUGUAUGUCCUGUUAUUAAAUUGUGUAAUGAUUUUAAAGCAUUAUGUCAUCAUUAUUCACAACUGUAUGGAAUGAGGAGGAUUGCUGAUUUUAAUUCAGUGGCUUGUCAUUCCUCAGAAUACGUGUAAAAUGUACUUAAUGUUAUUUUAAAGUAUGUUAAUUAAAAUCUCUUAACUAUUA